AUGCAGCCGGAUCUUUCAUCACACUUGCAUACGCUUGAAUGCAAUGUUUUAAUUCAGCUAUUGCAACGAUGUCAAGAAGAACACAUUGUUGGAAGAUUAUUCGGCAAAUGCAGUGAUUGGGACGAAGCUGUAUGGCAAUGCACAAAGAAGGAACGCAUUUGGAGAAGAGAUAAUAAUCCGAGGUACAAGAAACGAAUUGUGGAACUCCAAAGAUUACCGGUAUCGCACUGGACUCCAGCAGUUAAAAGGCUUCACGAAGAAGGCUUGCUUCCAAAAAUCGACUCCAGCCAAUUA